CUCACGUCGUCUACCCACCAACAAUCUCUCAUCCCCUACCGCGGUCUCCACACACCCAAACACCGUAAACCCCUAUUCCCACACCCGUUCAUUACCCCCUACCAGCAGAAGACCGACCACCUCAUCAUACGAUCGAUUAACCUGCUCCUCGAGGGAGGUGGCUUGACAUGUCCGACGUUGCCUUGGACUAUGCCCUGCGCGUGGCAUGUCUCCAAGAGGUCAUAGGCAACUCGCGCAGAGCCUUGGCAGCAGCUGCUACUCCAGAACCUCCUGCGGCAGCUACUGCUACUGGAGGCCAUCGCCCUCAUGACUCCGUUGCCUCGUUUACACUCGACUUUGGAUCGCUCAUCGGGCGCGAUGCCAGCAAGUCACCGCGGUACCCCGAGAAGUUCAUCAAAGUUCUGGACGGGUCUCUCCAAAAGAUUGCCAUGGGCCAUGAUCCAAAGUACUCGGACCAGCGUUUCCGCCGCUCAGUCGCCACCUUCUGGUCUUCAAGUUGGUCGGACAAGACGUUCCAGCGCCAGCUAAAGGAGUCUCGAAAGCUAGAAGACCUCAUCCUAGCUUUCGUCUCGGCCUCGACUCGCGCGCUGAAGAAGGAACCUGAACUCGCAGAAGGCGGAUGGAAGAAUGAACUGAAUCCUCAGAUUCUCCUCUUCAUCGACCUGUUGAGUGACAACUUAAACUCCAUUGGAUCAGUCACAUCCGAGAUCCGCAACCGCCUCUCGACCUACCGAAGUGGACUGCAGUCGGAUCACAGAAAAAGUGUCGUUCAUCCAUCACCAGCAGCACCUACAGACAACACUACAAACAAAGCAUCCUCUCGACCAGCCACCGACCCCACCGAUUCUGCGUGCAUAGAGGCUGUACGUCGCUUGUUGUCGCUGGACAACGCGGCCUUUGAAGAGAAACUGGAGGCGUUGUGGCCCAUCUGCACCAUUCAGGCGGCAGUUGAUGAUCUGAAGGUUUUGCUCUCUCGUCUUGGAACCGACAACCCCGUCCCUUACGGGCCGUCAGACUUUGCAGAAGACGCCUCGUGGGCUGCUCACCGCGCCCGUGAAAUCUCCGCUCUCUCCGACAUGACCACGGACCUCAUGAAGAUUGACCCGCAACGGGAUCGUGGGUCAAAUCGCACGGAUAAAGGAGACUUGGCCUUCUCUCUCGACCGACUUCAAAUUGAUCACCGCACCCUCACCUUCAUUCCCGCGGACCCUCGCGAGGCGUACCGCUCGCUGCUUCGGCUCUGCCUCGAACACGACCUUCAUCUGCUGAGGACUCUUCCGGAGGAUCAAGAUGUAUCUCUGGGCAUCUUGUCGGCCGCCCACGCGAACCUCCUGGAACAGUGUGCUUUGCGAUGGAGGCUCCCGCCGUCGUUUCGUUCAUGGACGUUCCUCGACGCAAUUGAAGGACACUACGAACAGGGCGAAGUUCCCCCAGACUGUGUCUUUGAAGCUGUCGGGGCAGUUGGCCGAACAUCAGAGGAGGACCCAGUCUCCGAGUGGGCCAUUCCAGACCAGCAGGCUCUGCAGUCUGUGCUUCUGAACCGCAAUUCCUUCUUCCUCAAAGACAUUGAACUGGCGCUGAACACACCGCGUGGCUACCUGGCGCCUGAGUUCAGACAAGCAGUGGAUCAAUGGCAUACUCUCAACGUUGACGACGUAGAUGACCCAUCGUUGCAGCGAGUCCAACGCACCAUUUGCGACCGUCUGCGGCAACAGGCGUAUCUAAACUACAUCAACGAGGCUAGCGAAACGUACAACCACGAGGGCGGCAAAAACCGAAGUUUUGCGUUGGCCCUGGCAACCUGGAUCGAAUCCAGUGCGAAGAAGCUCGACAAGUGGUUUCCGGAACCUGUGACAUCCCAAGUUGACGUUGUUGCCCUUGUCCUACAACAGCACCUGUCGCUGUGGAUCCGAGACCUCGAAGAGGCCAUGUCUGCCACAGAGGUUCCUCGAGGGGACGCCGGCCUUGAUUUGGAGGAAUCCCUUGGAGUUUAUCAGAGAGCCCAAAAGCUUCAGCGUAUGGGCGCAUCGUUCGGAAUGGAUCCCUCCAUCUUUUCUUUGUCCGCGAUAUUCGCUCCCGUGGUUACCGCCUGGCUGGAUGAUACUGCUGUCAAGAUGAGGCAAUGGGCGGACAACGCCCUCAGCCUGGACAAUUUCACUCCAACCGGUCCGAAUGGGCACUCAUCAUCGGUCACAGAUUUGUUCGCGUCAUUCCACAGCGCAGUGGCUUUUGUUCUCGAUUUGCAGUGGGAUGAUAGGGAGGAACUGGCCCUGUUUGUCACCCGCCUCGCGAAGAUUAUCAGUUUGUCUAUCAAUGAUUACUGCUCGAAGCUUGAGCGGCAGUUCACGGAAGAGAUGACGGAGAUCCAGCAAGUCGAGUCUCUCCCCGCGACUGUCAAGCAACAGGCCUGGAUUGAGAAGGCGAAGAGCACCAUUGCUCAUCUGCAAGGGGAUCGCAAGCUCCAGGCCUUCUUCAACUUCUCGGCAGUGUCGUGUGUCAAGCUCAACAAUCUGGACGUUGCACGACAAGAAAUGGAUAAACUCUACCAGGAGAUGCGCGUGGACGAGUUUGCGUCCAUCGAUGUGAAUCAGCCGGUUAUCCCGCCCGCCGAACAAGCCUCCCUCUUCACAAUCAAAAUCGUUCAUGGCGAAGGAUUGGCGCUGGAAGGCGCUUCGAGGGCCCCCGAUACGUUCGUUGUUCUGUCAGACGAACACGGUAAUAGGUACGCCAAGACUCGCACGAUAUACGAUGACUACGACCCACGGUGGGACGAGACCUUCGACAUUGCCACCCGUCAAACAGCGUGGUUUAUGGUUACGGUUCGCCAUCGCACGCUCACUGGCAAGCAUGACCUUCUGGGGCGCGCAUAUCUCCGACUCGACCCUUCUCAAUACGUGGACCUUAUCAGCAAGGAUGUUCUCCUUCCCCUCAACACCAAAGGGCAUGUCCUGUUACGCAUAAGCAUGGAGGGGGAGCGUGACGACAUCCAGUUCCACUUUGGACGAGCAUUUAGAUGGCUGAAACGAACUGAAUCGGAUAUGGUUCGAAUGUUCGUGGACAAGAUGACGCCUGUUCUACGCCACACACUCUCCCGAGCGGCAAUCAGAUCCGUCCUGAAGCCUGGCGCGCCUGGCAUCGACUACAACGACGCUCUUCGCAUCUCCAAUGAUGCCCUUGGGCGCAUCUGGGCGGCAUCGAGGAAUGCUGUAGGAUCCUCCCAAGCAGACUACUCAAUCCCUCUACCCGCCUCCGAGAUCCCUCAGCUCAAGGCCUCGCCUUCCCAGAAGCGUGGUCCUUCAGACAAAGAGAUCGAAACUGCUAUCGACCCCUUGCUCGACUACUUUGAGACGAACAACCACACUUUGGCUUCGACUCUGUCACCGGACGCCAUGCAGAUGGUCAUGGCCAAGCUCUGGAAGCAGAUUCUGACGACUAUCGAAGCCCUCAUCGUCCCGCCAUUGAGCGACAAACCGAGUGACAUGCGAGCGUUGUCGGAUAGCGAGCUGGAUGUGUGUCUCAAGUGGCUAAAGUUCCUGCGCGACUUCUUCUAUGCUGCCGGCGACGAGAGCGGCGUCUCUCUCACUACACUUCAAAACGCAAAGUUUAACGAGAUUAUGAGUGUACGCAUUUACUACGACUGGAGCACAGACGACCUCAUGGAGGAAUGCAUCCGUGGAUUCCAGAACACAUUGAAGAAUAAGGCUAUGAAGCCGAGCAAGUCGAUCUUGGGCCAGAGGAACCUUGGCACAAUCAGAGCCCGAAAGACGGCCAAACGAUCAAUCCCACAACAGGGCAACAACACGGAGAUCAUCAUGAAGAUUUUGCGCAUGAGGGAUGGCACACAAGAGUUCCUUGCGCAACAGAUCCAAACUUUGAGCGCCGUCAAGUUGAACGACACUGGCAGCAAGGGAAGUCGCCGGCGACGCUAAGAGGCACUGGUUGGUUGGGACGAGGGCAAGCGGGACGUCUGUGGCGGGAGACACUAAUGUAUGUAUGUAGCAUACGAUCAGGCCUCACGAUUGGUCAUGCAAGUAUUUUCAGCCAAGGUGUUCUCACAGAGCACAUGGAAGUUGCUCUUUGGGCAUUGGGAUGGAGAGUUGACUUCAACUGGAUGACUUGUUGGGGUGGGAUUAUGGGAUGACAGAAAAAGGACCAGUCGACAUGAGUCGCACGCGACUCGAUUCGUACUCGUCUAGUUCUGAGCCAG